AAUAUGCUAUCAUGGUACACUUCCAUAGCCAUCGCCAUUGACAUGUACGCGUGCGCACCAUUGCUGUGGAGUCCACACCUUUCCUCCCCCCUGAUCCUCCUCCCCAAAGGAUUCCUAUAAAUCCGCACCCCCAGGUCCUCGCAACCUUCAUCCAUCCAUCCAUCCAUCGUCGUCUAGCUCCGCUUCCAUCCCUGCAACCACACAGCCCGGAACAGGAAUCCCUAGCGCAGAUCGAUCGAGCUCGACCCGGCCAUGGCGGCACGCCUGCCCCUGGCGAUCCUGUUGGCCCUGGCCGCCGUCGCCGGGCGCGCGGCGGCGCAGGACUACGACUUCUUCUACCUCGUGCUGCAGUGGCCCGGGUCCUACUGCGACACCAAGCAGAGCUGCUGCUACCCCAAGUCCGGCAAGCCGACGGCGGACUUCGGCAUCCACGGCCUCUGGCCCAACCGCGACGACGGCUCCUACCCGCAGAACUGCAACCCCGACGCCGCGUUCAACCCGUCCAAGGUGAGCGACCUGCUGAGCAGCCUGCGCGCCAAGUGGCCGACGCUGGCGUGCCCGACCAACGACGGGCUCCGCUUCUGGGGCCACGAGUGGGAGAAGCACGGCACCUGCGCCGCCGACGUCUUCGACGAGCACGGCUACUUCCAGGCGGCGCUCCGCCUCCGCGACCGGCUUGGCGUCCUCGCCGCCCUCACCUCCGCCGGCGUCAACCCCGACGGCGGCUACUACACGCUGGACCAGAUCAAGGGCGCCAUCCGGGAGGGCACCGGGUUCGAGCCCUACGUGGAGUGCAACCGCGACGAGGCCGGCAACAGCCAGCUCUACCAGCUCUACUUCUGCGUCAGCGCCGCCGGCGACAGCUUCGUCGAGUGCCCCGUCCUCCCCCGCGGCAGGCCCUGCGGCAGCAGGAUCGAGUUCCCGGCGUUCUAGUAGUCCGGCCGGCUGUUCAGUUCCCAGGACCUCCUCGAUCUUGCCUGUUCCCCAAUUCAUGGUUAGUUUUGAUUGAAUAAAAGAAGUGCUCAUGUGCCAAUUCAUGUA